AUGAUGGAACAGAUAAAGGAAUUGAAAUUAAAAAUGCCUUAAAUGAAGUAAGAGUUUUGGCAUCAAUUGAUCAUCCGAAUGUUAUCGGUUACAAAGAAGCUUUCGUUGAUAAGAAUGAUAACUCAUUGUGAAUAUGCUGAUGGUGGAAAUUUGCAGGAGUAUAUAGAAUAUCUCGAAGAAAGUAACAAACUAAUGCCUGAAGAUGAGGCUUUACAUAUAUUUGUUUAAAUUGUUAAGGGUCUCAGUGCUCUUCAUUCUCUUAAAAUUAUUCAUCGAGAUUUGAAGUCAGCAAAUGUAUUUAUGACCAAGAAAAAGCAAAUAAAAAUUGGUGACAUGAAUGUUGCGAAGAUUUUAAAAGGAUAAUUUGGUUCAACUCAAACUGGCACACCAUAUUACGCAGGACCAGAAAUAUGGCUUUAAACACCAUAAUAUUUGGCUGUUGAUAUUUGGUCUCUUGGCUGUAUUCUUUUUGAAAUGCUCUCUUAUUACCCACCUUUUAACGGCGAUGAUAUGAAACUUCUUGCGAAUUCAAUAGUACAUGAUUAACCUAUAGAUAUACCACUAGAAUUUUCCUAAGAUAUAAACAGAUUGAUAAAAAAGCUACUCAUGAAAAAUCCACUAAAGAGACCAAAUUGCUCUUAAAUCCUUGAAUAUGAAAUAAUCCAAAGUUACCUUAAUAACUAACCUUCUCUUUAUUAGUAAUAUGAAAAUUUAGAAAAUCGAUAGGUCAAGUCAAAAUUAGCAAAGACUAUAAAGUAGCCAAAGGAUUUCUAUUUUAUGAAUACUGGCGAUUUUCCAGAGAAAAAUUACGCUAAAAAGAUUGAAGAUGCCUCUAAUCAGCGAGAUUAAAAGACAGAGGGAUAUAUAUUAGACUGGAAAUUCAAAAAGAGGCAGCGAUAAGAUAUUGUUAAGAAAUUUAGAUUCGUGGGAUUAGAUGAUGUGCGAGUACCCUUCAAGAAAAUCAAUUAAUAUGAGGAGGAAAUUGAAAAUCAGAAAUAUUAGGAGGAGAAAGACGUUAAUGAUUAUAUAAUAAAGAAAAGAAAUCAUAGGAGAGUUGAGAAAGAUGAGAAGUAGCUACCUAUUUUCACUCAUAAAGUGGGAAUAUUGAUUGAUUUCGAUUCUCGAAAAAAACCAUCAAAAUAGUCCGGAGAUAAUAACGAUUAGAAUUACAGGGAAUAGGAACUUUCUAAAGAGGCGUCAAUGAGCUAUCAAUUCGGCUAUAGAGAUAGAUUUUUAGAUUAGUCUUAAUCUAACAUUUAAAAACCAGUUGUCAAAAUUGCUAGAUUUAGAGAUGAAGACUAAGAGAAAAGAAUUAAAAUUAAUAUGUACUAGGGACUUAAUAUAGGAAUCAAAUCAAAUUUAAAUGAUAGCAAGUUAAUUACUAAUGAUACGCAAGCAGUUGAAGAAAAAAAUGAAAAUCGAGAGAAGCUAGCUGACUAUACUUUAAAAAAGCGAAAUAGUGGUGAUUUCAAUUAGCUUUCUAAUAUAAAAGAUAACUUUAUUCCUCAGAAAAAAAGAGCUAUAAGUAGAACUAUUCAGAAUAUUAAUCAAAAGUUGGAUUAGGACACUAUCAAUAAAAAUAUUCAACACGCAUAAAAUGAAUAUAUAAGCAUUCAAUCAACUAAGGAAGUGUAAAAAGGCAGAAGCUUAUCCCCAUUUGUCAAAUCUGGGAUGACUCAAGUAAAUAGCUAAAAUUAAAUAAAUAAAACUAUAAUAAUCUAAUAAUCAGAUGCCUAAUAGCUAAAGCAAUAUUAGGAUUUCAGAGAGAUGGGUGAUUACUCAUCAAACAUCCUUGACAGUAUAAGUAGAGCCUAUUCUAAUUAAAAGCCAGUUUACUAUAAUGUGAAACAAUCUGAUUAAGAUGUCAGCAGAAAUUAAUUGUACCACUCAAGUAUUAAGAGCACAAGAACUUAGUCUGAUUACUAAAGCACAAACAAGAAAAAUACCAUCGAUCAUUUUAGUUCAGAUACUUACGGUUAGAGAUUAAAAAUGAUACAGAAAGAAUAUAUAUUUUGA